ACCCAAUAGCAGAGGAACCUUACAAAGUAGGCUGUUCUUAUCGCAAUCUCCACCCAUCCUUUCUUUGCUUCUCCUGCUUCUUCCUACUUCUUGUUAUCGUCACCAGCAUCACCACAACAUAUAUCGUGAGAUCUUUUGUUGUCCACUGGAAUUUGUAUGCGAGAGAGCGAAGGAAGAGAAAAGGAGGGUUAAGGGACCUUUAAGGUGGAUCGACGGCAUGGGAAAAGGCCCCUUCCUCCUGAUGAGCCGGAGGAGAAGGAAGGAGAUCAGCACGUGUGGUCGCAGUACACCUCAGUGCGCGCCGACCAGGAUGCGUCGGCCAUGGUCUCUGCUCUCUCUCGCGUGAUCAGCUCGAGCUCGUCGGUCAUCGACGCCUCAGCCGGGGAGCCGACGGUGAACCAACAAGGGAUUAAACUGGAGGGCGCUGAUCCUGGGGAGAAACAAGCCAUCCAGAUCUCAGAAGAGCAAGGGAAUGUGAGAAGACACUACAGGGGGGUGAGGCAAAGGCCAUGGGGCAAAUGGGCAGCAGAAAUAAGGGAUCCCAAGAAGGCUGCACGUGUGUGGCUGGGGACCUUCGACACCGCCGAGGACGCGGCCGUCGCUUACGAUGAGGCAGCAUUGAGGUUCAAAGGCAGCAAGGCCAAGCUCAACUUCCCCCAGCGAGUCCAAGGCCGGGCGGAGCUCAGCUUCCUCGCCAGCCCGGGGAUCCCCAGAAGGCAACCACAGCCACCGACGCGGCCGCCGGCGUCUUCAUAUCCAGACUUGUUUCGAUACGCUCAGCUCCUCCAGAGUGGAGACGACAACCUGCAGAGCGUAGCCUCGGGCCUCUACGUCGGAAGCGCCUUCACGUCGGCGCCCUCUCAGGCCCCGCCAUCUUCUACGUCGGGAUCUCUACCGCAGUUCUUGGGCUUCUCGUCUCACUCGCCUUACAGUUCUUCUUCUUCUUCUUCUGGUUCAUGGGUUUAUGGAGAUCACAAGGAUAAAGACAGCAGUCGACCUCCCUGACAAUGACCAAUCUUGUGUUUGAGGGAUGGGACUUACUUGGAAAUGCUGGUCUGUUUCAUAGAAAGAUAAUACCUGUAUUCAUUGCUGAUCCUUCUCUGAUAACAUAUGGUGUGAUACAAGUGGGAAUGAAAGGGAGUUCGACCA